AUGGCCAUGUGGAGCCUGGUGAUCUCCUCUCCCGAAAACAUCAAGGGGGAGUACCAAAGCGCUAUAGCGAAUUUCGGGACGCCUCAAUACGGAGCAUCCCUUCAGGGAGUGAUAAUCUAUCCAGAUAAGGACCCGCAGAUGUGCAAAUCGUCGCGGAGUAACUACGGCAGGAAAUCGUCCGCUGAGCUUCCUCACAUUCUCCUUGUCGACAGAGGAGGGUGCUACUUCACGGAGAAGGUGUGGAAUGCUGAGUUGGCAGGAGCAUCGGCAGUCCUGAUCGCUGAUGAUCAAAACGAGAAUCUGAUCACCAUGGAUUCGCCCGACGACGAUCCCGAGGCGAAGCAGGCCGGCGAUCUCAUCAGCAACAUCACCAUCCCCUCCGCUCUGAUUCAAAAGUCCACCGCUACCGCAAUCAAAUCCGCGCUGAAGAAGAAACAGAUGGUCGUGGCGGCUCUUGAUUGGCAGGAGUCGCUCCCGCACCCUGACGCGCGGGUCGAGUACGAGUUCUGGACCAAUAGCAAUGAUGAAUGCGGGACGAAAUGCGACAUGCAGGCGAAAUUCCUGGAGGAAUUCCGGGGGUACGCGAUCAUUCUGGAGCAGCAGGGUUUCACGCUCUUUACCCCGCAUUACAUGACCUGGUUCUGCCCGGAAACCCUAAAAGAAACGCGCCAGUGCAAGUUCCAGUGCGUGAACAACGGCCGGUACUGCUCCCCCGAUCCCGAGGGGGAUUUUGACAAGGGGUAUGACGGGCGGCAGGUGGUUAUAGAGAAUCUGCGGCAGCUGUGCGUGUGGCGCGUGGCGAAUGAGACGGGCGCGCCGUGGGUGUGGUGGGAGUAUGCUGCUGACUUCAAGAAGCGGUGCCGCAUGGAGGAGAAGAACUACAACCAGGAGUGCGGCGAGAAGAUCAUGAGCGGGCUGGGUGUGGAUCCGCAGAAGGUACGGGCGUGCAUGGGUGAGCCCAACAGGAAUGCAGCCAACCCCGUGAUGGAAGAAGAGCAGGAUGCUCAGGUGGGCAAGCGUGGGCGGAGCGAUGUUACCAUGUUACCAACCAUUGUGAUCAACAAUGUGCAGUACAGAGGCAAGCUAGAGGCCAAGGCAGUGCUCAAGGCCAUCUGUGCGGGCUUUGAAGAGUCCACCGAGCCUCCCAUCUGCCUAGGAGCCGAGGUGCAAACUAACGAGUGCCUGACCAACAACGGAGGCUGCUGGCAGGGCCACAACCUCACAGCCUGCAAGGAUACGUUCAGAGGCAGGGUCUGUGAGUGCCCCGUGGACCCUGCCACGGGGGUAUACCUCACAGGCGAUGGCUACAAUAGUUGCGAGGCUGCGGGAGUGGGUCGCUGCCUGGUGGGCAACGGGGGAUGCUGGCAGUCCACCCACGAGGGCAAGACGUACACUGCAUGCCAUGACAGCUCCACCUCCCCCACCACCACCUGUGUGUGUCCGCCGGGUUUCAAGGGCAACGGGCACCACUGCAAGGACACCAACGAGUGUGCUCCCUCACACCCCGCCUGCAAGUGCCCCGAGUGCAAGUGCCGCAACACGUUCGGGUCGUACGAGUGCUCGUGUGUGGGCGAGAACAUGGUUUAUAUUGACCAGCUUCAAGAUUGCAUCAGCAGGGUAUCUGAGGGCUCAGCUCCUACUCGUACCAUCUGGGGUGGAGUAGUGGCGAUAGUGUUGGGCUUCAUCGCCGUUUUUGCAGUCCUGGGGUACUUAAUGUACCAGUACCACCUUCGGACACAUGUUGAUUCUGAGAUCCGGGCCAUCAUGGCACAGUACAUGCCGCUGGAUGAAUCCGACGAUCUUCCAACGGACGUCAUCGGAGAGAGGCUUCGACAGGGGCCCAAUCUGUCGUCAGCCGCCACGUCAGCCUCCACGUCAGCCGCCACGUCAUCUUCAUCAUCAGCAGCAGCGGUGGCGGUAUCUCACGAGUUCCCAGGCGCGCGCAUGGCUUUCACUUCUGACCUUCAUUUCGUGCCUGAGCUCCCAGAGUCUCCUGUACCGUGCUUCCGAGUGCUGGACCACGAGGGGGGACUCGUUGACGGCGCAGAGGAGCCCGAGCUCUCCAAAUCCGAAGCAGAGCGCAUGUAUCAAGCGAUGGUGGAGUUGCAGGCAAUGGACUCUGUCUUUUAUGAGGCGCAGAGGCAGGGACGCUUCUCGUUCUACAUGACCACAGCGGGGGAGGAGGCCGUCAACAUUGCAUCCGCUGCCGCCAUCCACGCGCAUGAUCAUGUGUUCGCACAGUACCGAGAGCCAGGAGUGCUGCUGUGGAGGGGCUUCUCCCUCCCCGACUUUGCAAAUCAGUGCAUGGGCAACCAGCUGGACGCGGGCAAGGGGCGCCAGAUGCCCGUGCACUAUGGGUCUGCGGAGCUGCGAUUCCACACCAUCUCCUCACCCCUAGCCACGCAGAUCCCGCAUGCAGUGGGGGCGGCCUAUGGGCUCAAGAUGGCGGGCGAGGGGUGCUGCUCCGUGGCUUACUUUGGCGAGGGCGCUGCUAGUGAGGGCGACUUCCACGCAGCUCUCAACUUUGCAUCAGUCCUGGAGGCACCUGUACUCUUCAUAUGCCGCAACAACGGCUGGGCUAUUAGCACCCCUGCGAAGGAACAGUACCGCGGUGACGGCAUAGCAGGGAGAGGGGCAGCAUACGGCGUCUCUAGUGUGCGGGUGGACGGCAACGACGUGCUGGCGGUGCUGCGAGUGGUGAAGGAGGCGAGGGCAAGGGUGGUGGAGACAGGGAAGCCCAUUCUCGUGGAGGCCAUGACAUACCGCACAGGCCAUCACAGCACAUCGGAUGAUUCAUCCCGCUACCGGGGAGCAGGGGAGAUGGCGCACUGGCGCACACAGAGAGACCCGGUGGCGCGGUUCAGGAGGUGGCUGGAGAGGAAAGGGUGGUGGGAUGAGGAGCGGGAGAAGCAUGCGAGGGACACUGCCAGGGAUGAGGUGAUUGCUGCACUGGAAGCUGCUGAGAAGCUUCCGAAGCCACCUCUAUCAGAUCUAGUGAGUGAUGUGUACGACAAUAUUCCACUACAUCUGCGGGAGCAGGAGAGGGAGGUGCGUGCAGCCGUUAUGAGGAACCCCCAAGCGUAUCCCAGUGACGUUCCGCUGUAG